AUGAAAAUUUGCAAGAAGUUUUACAAUGGUGAAGAGUGCCCAUAUGGGGAAAAAUGCAACUUCCUUCAUGAACAGCCCAUGAAAUUUCAGACUGACAUGUCAAGGGAACAUAGGGAAAGUGUUGCCAUAAGUAUUGGAACUACAGGGCCUGCAUUGGUAAGAAGAAGUGAUUAUGAUCAGACUGAUUAUGUUAAGAACGUCAACGUCAAUUCCAGCACUUCCCAAGCAAAUACUGCUUUUUGGAAAACAAAACUAUGUAGCAAAUGGGAGAUCGGCCAAUGCCCCUUUGGAGAAAGAUGUCAUUUCGCUCAUGGCCCGUCAGAUUUGCAGUUACCUGGUGCUCGUGUUGAGACAGAGCUGAUAAUGAAUUCUGGCUCCCAAAUUCCAGCAAAGCCUCUCCCUGUGCCUGUAAUUAAUUCAUCCCCUGCAACUGCAGUGAUUGGUGCUCCUGCUAACAAAGAUGCGGAGAUAUCGAAGUGGAAACUAAACAGGCAGAUUAAUCGAAUUUAUGCUGAUUGGUGGGAUGAUUUAUCGCCACCGCACAACUCCCCAAGGAAAGAGGACAUGUAA